UUGUAUAACAGCAGCUGGCAGGUCUCUGCGAGUCAGACAGCCUGUAAGCGCCUUUAGUUUUGCGUUUAUUUCUGCUCUUGUAGCGAUUGCUCAGGGCUGUAAUAGAGAGAACGCACAGGGAUGUUGGCUCAGGAGUUUUACUAAGCGGACACAUGUACUAAAGUAAUGUUUCCAUCACUGUGCGAAGUUAGCACUGACCAGCUAAAGGAGGCUGUGAAGAAAUUACUUCAUUUUUUACAUGGAACUCUACAGAUUUCUGGGGCCCAUACUGUUGAUUUCUACACACAAAAUAUUUGGAAGACGCUUGUUGCUGUAUCCCCAGACAUAGUACUCUCUGUGAUUAGUAAACACAAUGGGGCACACCAUAAGGGAAAAGAUAUUCCUGAUAUAUCCAGGAUUUUUUCUGGCCCUAAUCAAGAACUGGUGAAUAUAGAAGCUUUUGUUGAGGCAUCUCACAGUCAUUCACUUGCUAACUUGGGACUAUGCAUUUCUGUUGAGGAACUGCUUGAAGCUCUUGCUGUCCAUGAAGCAGGAAGCCCUGAUAAUGAAGUAAAGACAGACCAGUUUAUGAAUGAUAAAAAAUCACAUGAAGUUUUAGUUAUGUCACAAUUAGUGCAAAGCAUUGCAAACGUUUGUGGAGUAAAAGAGGUGAUAGAUUUGGGUGCCGGAAAAGGUUAUUUGAGCUCAUAUUUAUCCAUGAAAUACAACCUAAAAGUUUAUGGGAUUGACUCCUCUGAUACAAAUACAGAUGGGGCGAACAGGCGAAACCGGAAAUUGAAAAAAUUUUGGAAAGCCUACAAAGAAGAUGCCAAAGGAGCUUCAAAAAUACAGGAAUCAGCCCAAAACAAUGACUAUUUAUUGCCAAAUUACAGUUGUCAGGAAGUAAUUACAGACAGAGAAUUUCCAAAUCCUAAAUCAUGUUUUCCUAAAUUAGAAGAAUUAUCUGUUUCACAUGGUGUUGAAAGUAUAAAUGUGCUAUCAGAAUGGAAAAGUGGCCAGGAAAGCCUUUGCAGUACUUCACAAUCUGCAGAAUCCGAUAAGACUUCUGCCUUUUUAAAUAUCUUGCCUGCUGAUGCUGUGGAAGAGAAAACAUUGUCAGAAAGUAUCUGCAAAAGUCUAAGUGAACAAGAGAAAGAGCAACGGAAAAUUGAGAAUAUCAGAAUGAAAGAGCAGAGAUGCUCACACGUUUAUUUGCCUCUCACCUGCAAAAUCACUGAAGAAACAGACUUGAAUGACAUCAUUGAGGAUUUAGAGGAAUCCAUUAUGGUGGGCCUGCAUACAUGUGGGGACCUUGCUCCAAAUACAUUACGUAUAUUUACUGCUAGGUCAGAAAUUAAAGCAGUUUGCAGUGUUGGCUGCUGUUACCAUCUUUUGUCUGAGGAAUUUGAAAGCCCCACAGAAGAAAGGACUGUUACAACCUGGGGAUUUCCUAUGAGCAUGCAUUUGAAGGAAACCAGCUGGUUCUUCGGUAGAAAUGCCAGAAUGUCAGCUUGUUUGGCUUUAGAGCGUGUUGCGGUCGGCCAAGGGCUUGCAACAGAAUCAUUGUUUUAUCGAGCUGUGCUUCAAGUUAUAUUGAAAGACUGUUUUGGCAUCACUCAAAGUGGCAAGCGCGUUGGAAAGAUUUUCUCAAAGUCUGGCAACUUCACUGAUUAUGUAAGAAAAUCCCUGAAAAAGCUGGGUCACGAUGAUUCAAAGAUAUCAGACAAGAACAUAACGGCUUACUAUGAAAAGUACAAGCCUAGACAAAAUGAACUGGAAGCAUUUAAUAUGCUGAAAGUUCUGUUGGCUCCUUGUAUCGAAGCUCUGAUUCUCUUGGAUCGCCUUCACUAUCUAAAGGAGCAGAAUAACUUAGCAUGGUCAGGACUGGUGAAGCUGUUUGAUCCGGUGAAGUCCCCACGUUGUUAUUCAGUGGUAUCGAUGAAAAAACCUAAAGAUACAAUUUAUUGACAGUUACAUCAUGCAUCUUUGAUUCCAAAGGACGGCAUUCAAAGUUACUAUGAAGAUCCCUAUUAAAGGACUGCUUGAGAUAAUCUGCUUUGUGCACUGCUGUGACUGGCAGUUAUAGCAAAGAUAGAAUAUUAGGGUUGUUGCUGAGAUACCCAUCAUGCUGCAGAAAGAAAUCUAUUUGUAUCCACAGUCACAGAUUGAAACCGUCUUGGAAAACGAAACACACAGACCCAGGUUCUUUAUGUCAGAAUAUAAUAAAAACAGAACCACUGAGCCCUAUAAGCACUGGCCUUUAUUGUGUUUAUCAAAUGCCAGUAUUGCAUAUGGAAAAGCCAGGUGGCAACAUAUUAUUUUCUGCUCCCCCGCCUGAAAAAGUGGGUUAGUCUUCAAGCUUAUUGUUUUAAAAUUCAUAAAGGUAUCUUUAUAGAAUCCAUGUUUAUAAACCCAUAUCAUGCUUUUUACUCAUAUUUACCUUUACUGCAUCUGUAUUAAAUAAAAAUGCAAUCAGGGAUUUGAAAAUGCUCCGUUACCAGUACACAGGUUCUAUUGAAAGCCCCAGCUGCUUGCUACAUCGACAACUGCACAGUUCUCAAAGAGAAUGCCUGGAUCACAUCACUUGUAUUUUCUACAUAUAUUUUCUGGCCAUGUUCCCUACAUUUGUUCCACCAGUAUAAUUUAGUUAUGAGGUGAUAUGUUUUUACUUCACCUGAGGGUAACAUGUGGAUAUUGAUUUAGCAGCUUUCUCUAGGAGCUAAUCCCUUUCAGAAUUCAGUUCCAUAGUGGUCACUUUAGAAUGUCAAAGGGACACAGUGUAUGUUUUAUAUUCUAUGUAAUGACGUUUAGCUAUUUCUCCAUGUUUUGAAUGUCCCCAGCAUCAAAAUGGAAAAUGACCAUAAAUAAUAUGUCUCUAUUAAAUACAGUAUGGUAUAUAA